AUGCAGUUCUUCAUCGCCGCCGCCGCCCUCCUUGGCCUCGCCUCGGCCGCCAAGGUCACCGACGCCACCCUCCGUGACAACAACGGCCUCCAGUCGGCCGAGCUGUCCAUCGACGGCGUCAAGUGCUCUGCCACCAGCGCGGCCGCCCUCGGCGCCCGCCAGAUCGCCUGCCCCGGCUCCGCCUUCAGCUGGCACGUCGACGGCUCCGCCUCCGACUACCAGGUCACCCUCUUCAAGGGAACCAACACUGGCGACCCCCAGGCCUCGGCCAAGCUCCCCGUCGACUGCCGCGCUGGCGGUGCCGGCCAGAACGACCAGGUCUGCACCCAGGUCGGCGACGCUACCGUCGACAUCUAA